AUUGGAUCAUAUUUUAACAUCAAGCUGAUACCUUAGCUGAACCUUUAAUAUGGUGCAUACUAAGACUUUUCUUGAACUUCUGGAUAAGAAAAUUCUAAGUCCAGUUUAAUAUACCCUUUUCUAUUUGGAUAAGAAAUGCAUUACAGUGACUGACCAAUUGUUUACAAUUUGGAAAGUGAAAGUUAAGAUCUGGGACAAACCCAAAUAUGAUUGUAAGGUUGCUACAGGUAGCACUUUGUGUGUUAAGUGUGGAUGGCCAGCAGGUUCCUGUCCCAACUCUUGGCCCAUACUGCACACCUGAACCAGACUCAACCCCAGGACCUAAUGAGCCACGUCUUCCUGAGUUGCCCCCAGCCUUUCAGACCAAGAUUGAGUUGAACAUCGAGAACAAACAUGUCACCAUAGAUGCUGAUGAGUACAAUGAUCCUGUCAAUAAGAGAGCAUAUCUACGUCUUAUGCAAUUUGGCGUUGAAACAAAAACAUAUGUGAACCUAGCAACAAAUGAGGCCUAUAUUGUAUAUGGGCAUGCAUGUAAGGUUCAACAGUUGAAUGAGUCUGACUUUGGUGUCAUGUUUGGAGAUGUCGUGAUUGAUGGCAAACGUCGUAAGAUGUUCUCAGUCAGCAGCCUCUUCAAGUUUGGCAAACAGUUUGGCCAGAAGUACAUGGGUAGAACCAAGGCAAGGGGCAUAGAUGUGAACUACUGGAGGAGUUGUCAACAAUGGCAGUACCCACCUGCUAACAUGACUGUUGACUACUACUUCACAGCCUUGAACUGGUCAAGUUCCUUUGAUGGUCCAAGUAUUCCUGUUAGAGCAGUGGUGGAAGGAAUCAGUAAUGAUAAAGACAUUCCACACUACUUCCGUCACACCUAUGACUUCGUACAAUUCACGAUUCCAAUAGAACAGGAUGAUAAACUUUUUGAUACACCCCCAGGGGUAUACUGCGAGGGACGUAAGAAAACUAAACCUUUACCCAACCUACCUAAAGCUUUCUCAUAUAGAGAAGAGAUUGUCUCACCAGACACAACCAACAUACAAUUUGCAGAUGUGUACUAUGACUAUAACUACAAGCUGGUUAGGUUUGACAAUAGGAAUCCUGUUGUUGCUCCACCAUACUAUACUACUGGGCCCAUUGUAGAGAUACAUGAUUACACCACAGGUGUAUCUUAUGCUAGGGAUGUUGACAAUGGUAACUGUACCAUUGCUGCACUAACAGAUAACUUUGACAAUACCCUCAGCCCUGUUAACCGCACAAAGGACCCUGGCUAUGUGCUCAGGAUGAGGAGACCCCUAGAACUACUGUUCUUGGAUGACACCUACGUGUACAUUGGAAAGAGAAUCAUAAGAAGUGUGCCAUGUGAUGUGUUUUCCUCAAGAAGAUCUGACUUCAAACUACCAGACACACCAGCAUUCAAUACAACCUUUGAGAUCUACUUCAUGAGUGAUGAGUUUUUCCAAGUAUCCACUGGCAACUCUUUGGACUCUUACAUACCCAUGAGACUAGAGAUAUGGGGAGAGGAGAUUGACUUCCAUGCAAUCUAUAAUAUAUUUGACUUUGCCAAGGAAGAUCCAGACCUCUCAAAGUUUGAUAUUACAGCCUGCUUCCCACCAGAGGUUUCUAAAUCAGUGCAGAUUACAUUCCCAGGUCCUUACUACCCAUACAUAGGUGAUGACCCGAAUUAUUUCACCAUAGCAUCCAUCUUACAGCUGACUAACAUUGGAAAGAUCACACCAAUCAGAGUUCAACAACCAAAAGUGACUUAUGAUGAUAACAAUGUGUACCUGACUGCAACAUUACUGGAGAGGCCUCCUUAUUAUGCUCUAUUCUCAGCUGUUGAACAGUCCAAGUUCAGGCUUGGUGCAGAUGCUGUUAUCCCAGAUAUAGAUCUCUCUGACUGUCAGCAGUACUGCCAAGAUGAGACUGAUGGACUGGGCAACACUAUAGUGUGUAAUAGCUUGGACUAUUGUGAUAAUCUACGCACUUGUUCUCUCAGUACAACACACACUGGCUCUGACCCCAAAGAUAUUAAGACAAACCCAGGAUGCACCCAUUAUUCCAGAAAUGUUGAUGCCAGAGACCAACCAUCUAGAAAGCUAUUAGAAGCCUGGGGUGAUAUUAAAGAAGCAAUCUACAGGGGCAGCUUUAUUAUUAAUGUACCUGUUGGUGAUGUUGGUACUGGUGUUGAGACCAUUGCCUAUACAGCAUCUAGAGUACGGGAAGGCCUCAUUAGAGGCAAAUGGCGUGAUUUGCCUGGGCGUUACACUCGGCGUUUCAAUGUCACUCGUGGUGUUAUAUUGGGUGAUGUAAACAUCAAUAUCCUUGAUGUCGUCACAUCUGUGGAUGAUUGUGCACGGGCAUGCGUAACAGACACCAGUAUAUCAUGCCUUACUUUCAACUAUUGCUAUGAUGAAGGUGUUUGCAUGACGAGUGGACUCCACAUGGAUGAUAACCCAAUUCUCCUUGCCAACUCUUCAGGAUGCGAUCUUUACUCAAGGGAUUAUCUGAGCCAAUAUAAUGGGUAUCCUGGCUUACAGGUGUUUACACAAAAUGAUGUCAUACUCUAUGACAUAGUCAGUGUAUCAGCUUGUGCCCACAGGUGCUCCAACUGGGACACACUAGAUGAAGGAGACUUUGAUUGCAAGUCGUUUGAUUACUGCUCAGCAGACAACUCCUGUGGCCUCAACAAAGGACACUUCUUUGAGUUUCCAUUCAAGAACAAAACCUCACAGCCAACAUGCCAACACUGGUCAAGAAACUACUUAGCAGACUUUGAACUGAAACAACAACGUGUAGUCCCAUUGAAGAACACAGAGGUGUACAAAACAGAUAUUGAGAACUGUGCCAAGCUAUGUGUUGGGUUAGGUGGAACAUGCAAAGGCUUUGAUUACUGCAAGAAUGUGUCUGAAUGUGUUCUCACAACUGAACUGUUUAGUAAGAUAAAGAUAGGACAAACCGUACCUGAAACACAAGCAUAUUGCAGUAGAUAUUCACGGUCUUAUUAUCCCGAUGGUUCAGACUUUAACCCAGGAGCCACAAAAUAUGUGAAGGUACCAGAAAAGGGGGGUUUCUCAGCAGGUGCCAUGGCUGGUGUAGGAGUAGGAAUGGUGGUAUUGGGAGCUGUUCUUGGAGUUGCAAUCAUCUUCAUAGUAAAUAAGGUCAGAGGACCAGCUAAAGAUGGCAUGGGAGUACAUUUCGUCAAUAACCCUCAGUAAUGCUCUAAAUACUGCAUGAAACAACACUCUACAAACUAGAGAAACCCCUGUUUUUGUAAUUUGAAGUAAAAUUAUAAAAGACUAAAAACCAAUAUUUGUGAUUACUGGAAGUGUAUUAUAAAACAUCUGCAGAAGUGUAAUGCGAGAGAACAUUAUUAAAGUGCAAUAACUGAAAAUUAAACGAAACUUCUGAAAACUUUGUUUGUAGUGACUAACAAAACAUCUCUCAAGUUAUAUGAUAUAUAAAGUACAUAACUCCCAGUUCUUACAAAUAGAUGCAGAGAUGAGUGUAAUUUUUCCACUCAAACAUUCUGCGUGCACAAAGCUGUCUCAUGUAACUGGAUAUUGAGGUAUUUUGUGAGGGUAAAAUUGACUUUCAACCAUUGGGAACAUCAGAACGGUCAAGUUAGUGUGCAGUCAAUGCAAUUAUUGGAGGAUUCAUGAAGUUAAAAAUCACCAGGUCUAUUAAUUGUUUUCUUAGGAAUUUGAGAAUAUGAACUUCAUGAAGGAUAUUCUUGUAAUUUAUGUUGGAGUAAUAGCUUAAGCUACCAGGAGUUGAAAAUUUUUCAAGCUUUGGGAACCACUGAGACAUUUCUGUACUCACCUCUGUACAUAUGCAUAAUAAUGUAACAAUGACAUACAUGGUCAUCUCCAUCAACAUGACAAUACAAUAUACAAACAUAAUAAAAA